GAGACGCCGACCAUCACGACACGACACUCCAGUGGACUUAAGCCUGCAUCCAGUUACCCGCAGAGGACUGCACAUCGAGGGGAAGGAGGAUGGGACUGCACAGCGUGGAGGAACUGGUGUCCGGUCAGAGGUCAGAGGGCAAAGAGGCCGACGGCUUCCAAGGAGGCGUGUACGAGGCGGCUGUCAAUCAAGAGAAACAGGAUGACCGCAGGUCCCACAGGAAGCUGGAGGGCGGAGCCCUGUCAGAGGAGAGUGACAGCGGCGGCGAACAGGAGGAAGUCAGCGUGGCCGCUCUCAAUACGGAUAGAAGCGGCAGGCUGAAGUUGGAGACGGUGGACGACCUGUUCAACAUCCUGCAGCUGAGGAAGAAGAGGAAGGAGAGGAAAGGUUCCAUUCAAAAGAAACGACAACCUGAGCCCGAGCCCGAGGCCGUGCCAGAGACGGUGGACGAGCAGCUGUUUCUCACAGCAGCCAUGGACAACAAACUGCCCGUGGUGGAGAAGUACCUGAGCGAUGGAGGCAACCCCAACGCCGCCGACCACUUCCAGAGAACAGCUCUGCACAAAGCCUCGUUCAGAGGACACGUGGAGGUCAUGAAGAGACUCCUGGAGGCCGGAGCGGCCCUCGAGAAGAAGGACAAGCUGGAGGCCACAGCGGUCCACUGGGCCUGCAGAGGAGGCAGCCUGCCGGCUCUGCAGCUCCUCCUCGACCAGGGAGCCAAAAUCAGCAACAGAGACAAGCUGCACAGCACUCCUCUGCAUGUCGCUGUGAGAACUGGACACUGUGAGUGUGCCGAGCAUCUCAUUCACUGCGGAGCCGACGUCAACGCCAAAGACAGAGACGGAGACACGCCGAUGCACGACGCCGUGAGAAUCAACAGAUUCAAGAUGAUCAAACUGCUGAUGAUGUACGGAGCCAGUCUGAACACCAAGAACAGUGAUGGAAAGACUCCGCUGGAGACGCUGUAUUCGUGGCAGAACGGAGCCAAGAGCCUGUUAUGUAACUUCAGCCAGGACAAGCCCAAACAGUAGAAACAACACAUUCCAGUGGAAGCGCCAAACUCCACCUUUAUUUAGAACGAACGCCCCUCAGGGACAAACUGGUAAUCCAACAUCAAAUUAUGUUAAAUGGGCUCAGGGAGCAGGACCACACAACAGCAACUCCUCCUCUUGGCUCGGGGUCUGAACCUGCCGCCUGCUGGCUUUUACCUGAGGGUGACGGGCAAAGUUAGAUGUUCUCGUGUGAAGGAGCCUUCGACAAACAAUGGGACUAUUAGCACUGAUGGAUUCAUUGAUUGACACAUAUUGCUGGUCAAUGUCUCGACAAGAUGUCUUUUGAUGACAUAUUUAUUGAUUUAUUGGCUUUGAUUCAUUUAUUUCAAGUGACUGUCUAUGGAGUUAUACUGUAGCUGCUUGGAUUCAGGUUUAUAUAAACAUAGACUUUAAUAUACAAACUAAUGGAAACAUCUGUCAGAUACUGCUUCAGGUUUUCCAGAUGUUCAUCAGCUGGUCUAAAGUUUUCUCCGGCUCAAAGCCUCCUCUUAUCUUCUAGAUGCUGUGUGUUGUUUAUACUUGAACAUUCAGAAGAGUUGAAGUUCUUUGGUCUUAUAUAUUUGAAGACUGAGCGAUGAGACAGGACGAAGUACGUUUUUGGAUCAGGAUGAGAAGAAUCUCUCCACUCAGACUUCGACAAGAGCAAACACAUCGAUUACGAAAUGUUACACGUUUCCUCCUCAGUGCUGCACUCAUGUCACUGUUGGCACUGAGACAUGAUUUCUUAUUUGGAACAUUCUUGAUUCACUGUUCACUGAGCUCAGACCUGGUUAUGUCCUGAGCCGUGGUGUGUUUGCACAAAGUUCAUCUUGUUCAGUUUCUCAAAGAUCAGUGCAGAGCUUCAACAGAUGAUGAUCGUCUUUAACAGAUGAGUGCGAGAGAGAAGAUGCUGGAAAGUGGCUGUUGGUUCAGAGGAUGUUUUGAGAUCUGGAUGGUAAUGAAAAUGUAUUUUUUAUUGUUAAACAUGAUUGUAAAUGUUGAAUUAUAUUUAUGGAUUGAUUGAAUAAAAGUGAUUUUUGAAUUCAA